AUGAAGAGAUUCAUUCUUUCACUCAUUCCCUUGUUCUUCCUAAUCUUGGUCACACAAAUCGAUGCGGGUGUGCUGAGGAGUCCGGGAGAAAUAAAGAUCAACAAUUUCGAGGGAAAUCAACACGAUCAUGGACAAGCAAAAGCCAAUGAGGAGAAAUUGGUGAUCGUUGAGGGUGAUACUCACAGUGAGAUCAGUGAGCCCGAUGUUGAGAAAGAGAGUGCAGAAGAGACCGUCAUUGAUGGAGAUGAUGCGGAUCGCGAGAAACGCCAAUGUGGAUGUUGCGGAUGCGGUGGAUGCGGUUGCUGUGGUUGUGGUGGGUGCGGUUGUUGCGGAUGUGGCGGAUGUGGAUGUUGUGGAUGCUGCUGCACCUGCCCCACAUGUGCCCCGUGCUCGUGUUGCCCGUGUUGCUGUGGAUGCGGUGGUUGCGGAUGCUGUGGGUGUGGAGGAUGCGGGUGUGGAGGAUGCGGGUGUUGUGGUUGUUGCUGCACUUGUCCCACGUGUGCCCCGUGCUCGUGCUGUCCGUGUUGUUGCUGCGGUGGUGGUGGAUGUGGCUGCUGUGGAUGCGGAGGUGGAUGCGGUUGUUGCGGAUGUGGCGGAUGUGGCGGUGGGUGUUGUGGAUGCGGAGGCUGUGGCUGUUGUGAUUGCUGUGGAUGUGACUGCUGUGGAUGCGGAGGAUGU